UUUCUCAAUAUGUCUCUCUAUACAUAAUCUCUCCAUCCUCCUUCUUCUUCUCUCACUAACCAAAUGGAUCCUCGCAUCGCUGCGACCUCCAUGUUCCGGUGGUCUCGUAAUCGCCGGAAGAUUCAUAUCCGCCGUAGAAAGUCACAGGUAGUGCGUCUUGGCGGGAAUAACAACGUGGUGCGACGUGGCGGAUUCUCGUUGAAGAAGAUGGUCAGGAAGAUGAAGCUGAGAUGGUUGAGACUACACUACGUAAGACUGGUGAAGAAGAUCAACGGGUUUUAUCGUAAUUUGGUGAAAGAGUUCUUAGACGCAGGAGCUGAGCUUGAAGCGAUUCAGAAGCGAAUGGCGGUCGAACCGGCUUCGUUUGCGGUUCCGGGUUUUGGUUUAUCUUUCGCCUCUAUGUCAGUUCAUGACCGAGCACCACGUCAGUUUACUGGAUAGUAAUAUUAAUGAUCAUAUUCAUAUUAAUUUUCAUAAACUUUUAUUACCUUUAUUGUUGUUGUAAUUGUAUCUUAUAAACUAAUUUUUAAUCAUUUUGUGAUUUCGUA